UUCGCUGCUCUUCCUUGCGCGUGUAGUGAGAAGUUUUGGGAACCUGGCUUCGUCGAGGUUUGCGUGUCCGGCAGGAACAGGGGUGGAGGACACUGAGGGCGGAAGUGCGGGCACGGAAGGGGAGCUGGUGCCAGAGGACAGCCCUUUUUCCUGGUACAAGUGGCCUUUCCCACGUCGGAAGUGGGAGUAGUCAGGGCGGAACCGAGAGGGGAAACGUAGAGGAAGGGCUAGGAAGAAAUGUGGCCACUUCUUUCUCUCCGGGGCUUCAGUAUUCCCGAGACCAGACUACACGGAAGUCCCAGCUUUCUUCGGGCGGAAGUGACCCACAGGCAAGUGGACAGAGAAUUCAGGGACUGACAAGAACCAAACUUGAGACUCCAACUGAAAUUGGUUCCUGACUGAGCUCUCACAUCCAGGACCCUGACACAGGACCAUGGGACCCCAGCAUUUGAGAUCUCUGCAGCUGCUCUGCCUCCUUGGGGCCAUCUCACUGCCUCGGACUGAAGCUCUUUUGUGCUAUGAAGCAACAGCCUCACUCUUCAGAGCUGUUUCCUUACAGAACUGGAAGUGGCUUCUGAUGAGGAGCAUGGUUUGUAAAAUGAGAGAGGGCUGCGAGGAGACAAUAGUGCUUAUUGAGACAGGGACCAGUAGGGGUGUUGUGAGUUUUAAAGGCUGCAGCUCUGCUUUAUCUUACCCUCCGCAAAUCUCCUAUCUGGUUUCUCCACCUGGAAUGUCUAUUGCCUCCUAUAGUCGUGUCUGCAGGACCUAUCUUUGCAACAAUAUAACCAACUUGGAUCCUUUUGUAAAACUUAAGGCUAAUGCUCCUAAGUCCACACAAUCUUCUUCCAGUCAUUGUCCAACCUGUGUGGGCAGGCAUGACAAGGAAUGUCUUCCAAAUUUUGUCACCACUGACACUUGCCCCUACAUUGCUUCUACGUGUUACAGUUCCACCAUAAAACUUCAGGCAGGGAAUCUCAAUACCACCUUCCUCCUCAUGGGCUGUGCUCGUGAACAUCACAAGCUUUUAGCAAACUUUCAGCAUCUUGGGAGCAUCCGAGUGACUGAGGUCCUCAACAUCUUAGAUAAGUCCCAGGUUAUUGGUGCAGGGCACUCUAGUCGAGGUCCUUCUUGUGGCAUCUUCUUAUGUCUCCUACUUGCCCUCAGAGACUGACCCCACCAGCUGGACUGGAAACACCAGAUCUCUCUGUGUAAUCAAAUAAAAUUGCAGAACUACC